AUGCGCAGCCCUGGUAAUCCAUUAGAUGCGUACAAAACCUACAAGAGAGGAAAUACGUUUGAUGUGUUUGUCUGGAAUCCAUAUGGCAGUGUUCAUAUCAGACCGGCGUGGCCAGGAUACACUGUGUUACCUGAUUUUCAGCUCCCGGUUCGCAAGAAUGGUGGUCAACCUGAAUUAAGAGAAUUCUUUGACAAAGUUCCAUUGGACGGAAACCUUGCCCUCCAUCCAGUGCAUCCCCCGUUCCCGCUACCGGGAGAACCUGGUAACGUCAGCUAUUAUUACCCUGAGGAUUUCGAUAUCACAAACGCGACAGAAACUGCAUCUGCAUCAAUCGCAUACCUGCGUCAAGGUGCAUCUAAAACCUCCAAAAAUUCCUCUCUGACUACGACGAUGAGUCAUGAAUACCUUCGCACCACUCCAACCCCAGGAUUUCGGAACAUCAACCACCCACCGUACGUUACCAAUCAUGUCCCGGGCGAUCUGGCUGUGCACGCAGAAUCACCAGACGCGACACAUUCGGACGGGGUUGUCGAAUAUGAUAUCCAUAACCUCUAUAGACAUCAUCUUCUUAACGUGACAUACCAUGGUCUGAGGUGUUUUCGAGCAAUCGUCCACGUAUUAUCGGCUGAUCGACCUUCUCAGGGAGCGGGGCAGGGCAUUGGGGGAAGCGACAGCCAGUCCCGCCGGACCUCUACGUUUAUUCUAUGCCUCAAGCAUUGUCGUUUUCGCUCUACGGAAUCCCGAUAUUCGGCGUCGAUGCGUGCGGGUUCAGCGGCAACAGCAAUGAGGAACUUUUGUAAUCGAUGGAUGCGACUCUCUGCUUUCUUUCCCUUCUACAUUAACCACAAUGUGCUCUUAGCAAUCCCACAAGAACCAUACAUCUAG